AUGUGCUAUCCAUGUUCAUACUGGCUAGAAGCUCACCACUCGACUGGUUCUUCUAGGAUCAGACGAGAGGCUGCAACACAACCUGCAAUGGCUAUUAGUAUUACAGAUAAAAGCUCUGCUAAGAACGAUGAUGGAAGCAAAAAAGCAUGCGUGUGUUCACCCACAAGCCAUCCAGGCUCGUUUAGGUGUAGACAACAUCAUGAAGAGUAUUAUCAAUGGGUUAGUCGGUUCGGGUCGAACCCGAGCCAAUCUAACGGAUGGGAAAUAAAAUGGUUUCGCAUUCUUCAACGAUAUGUGGACAUGCGAAUUGUACCUCUCCUAUUUCACUUCAGAAACCUAAAUCCAGGCUUACCUCUGGGUAGCAACUCUGAUGGGAAAUUGUUUGGUUCCUCGUGUUUACAAUCACUUCACAUACAUCAUGAUGGCGGCAAUAUGAAGAUAAUUGGAUUAGAUAUGAAUGGCAACUAUUCAUUAAGAACUCAUGAUCCGAGACAAGUUGUGAUUAAGAGUGGCAACUCAAAGAAGACGACCCCUAGCCGGCCACCAAUCUCCGACACCGUCCUCGAGCAGCAGCACCACAUCCCCCAGAAUCUCCACCCGAUCGAGCUGGAGCGUGGCGUUCACGUACGACGACCCGCGCGCCUCGAUGCUCCCGCCGGCCGACGUCACGUGCCCCAGCUUCUUCCCCCUGUAUCCGAUCGCGACGAGCAGGGAGUCGUAGUUCAAGGAGUAGAAGUCCUUAUUGAAAACCCUAAUCGUGAGGUCCAUGGUGACGUCUACGGAGAUCUUGGGGCGGGUGUGGAAGUGGAGGCGGUCGAGGCGGAGGCGGACGACGGAGAGGUCAGGGUCGGAGGGCCAGAGGAGGUAUGCGGCGGCGACGAGGAAGAUGAUGGAUGCGGCGGAGCAGAAUAUGCAGCGCCGCCAUGUCUUGCGGAGGAGGCGGUGGCGGUUGGGCGGGGGGUAGGGAGGCAGAACGACGACGUAUUGGGUGGUUUGGGGAUGAGUUUGAGGGGGUAG